AUGUCCUUGCAACUCCUUGUAGCCCAUACGGGUUCACGGCUCGAUGCCGACCCUGUUUCCCUCAGCUCUCUAGACGCUCUGCGCUCGUUCAUCACCAAAGCUACUUCCAUACCACCGCACGAUCAAAUACUCCUCACCACCCGCGGCAAGCAUGUCAAGCUCCAAGCGCUGCUCACGGAAAAGGAAAUCUUCGUAUACGACCGAGACCUCUUUAGUCUCCCUGCAAAUCAGUCACCCGACUCCAUAAUCCCAUCUACACAACUACCAGAGCCUUUCACGCCUCCGGACCCGCCAGACACCCUGUCGAAUCAAAACGACUUGAGAGCAUGGCAGGUCUUGUUUAAAGCAAGACGAGAUUGGGCCACGAGCUUGGUCGAGCGAUGCCGGUCAAUGUGCUCGGAAGCAAAGAAGUACCUCGACGAGCGCACUAUUGUUGACAAAGGCGUCCGUAUCGCUACGGCCAAUCAUGAAGCGCAUAUCCGCGGUCUGGAAAAGAAGCACAGGGAGGCACAAGCAUGGUCUGAGGACGUGGUCAAGGAACAAGAACUCAAUAUACAGUCAUGGGAGGACGACUUGGCGCGGCUGCAGAGCAUACCCGCGAAAGCAGAAUUUCGUCGUUUUGUCUCAGGCGCACCCGACGACCCAACCCCGAGGCGGCCACGGAGGGUAUCAACUGGAGGCGUUUCGCUUGAUACCUUCAUAGAUGUGGAGGCCGCCAAGAACGCAGUAUCAACUAGCCAGUCAGUCACAAGCGCUCUGGAAAGCCGUGUGAGAGGCAUGGGCAACAUGAUCAAGAAACUCGCGUCGGAUUACAGCGAGCUUAUCGGAGCCAUCGACCAAAGCCAGAACCGAUCUGCGCUCGAGGAAAGUGACGAACCGGUCCGACUGUUGCAGGAGAUCGAAGUGGUUGCGAAGAAAGUUGCAUCUGAUUACGAUCAUGUUCUAAGCCUUCCGUCUGCCUCAAAGUCAGUAGCUCAAGUCUCCAAAAUGGCGUUACUACAUACUCGCAACUACUUGCCAAGCAUAGCCGAGUAUAGUAUCGAAAUGGAUGAAGUUGUCCGGCGCGCUCUCAGCGAAAAGAACAACUCGGUCACCCAUUUUGUUGAGCAUAUGCAAGCUAUAGCGGGUAUCGAGUCUACGCUGUCCGCCGUCAACUCCGAACUGUCUUCGCUUGAUGUACCAGCCGAUGGUUUGGAAGCAUUCGAAACACUCGCGCUAUUGUCGAGGCUGCCUUUCGUCUAUGGAUCCCUUCUCGUCGAGUCAGUCAGGCGGCGGGAGUGGGCUGAGAAAAUGAAGGGGGACUCGUCCGCUCUUGCGGAGGAGAUUGCAGGUUAUAGGGAAGAAGAAAGCCGCCGUAGAAAGAAGUGGCUGAAGAGCAUCGGAGAUGUCGUCAACCUUGACGCUGUGCAGGGGCAGAUCCUUGGCGUGGAGAUUAAUUUACAAGGAGACGAUCAACGCUGGCCAUACGUAACUCGACAGGAGCUGCAGGAGUAUCAGCAUACGUUGCGCAGUGUCGGCGGGCAAGAAGCCACUUUAGAAGCUCUAGCUCAGGUCACAAACGAACCUGACAAGUCGACAAAGCAGCGGGGCAAGCGUGUAGCAAACUUCAAAUCUGGCAGUGUUCAUGAAGUGGCUUUCGGCAACGGCUCCUUUAUGCGAGGUGAUGAGGAGAUGAGAGUGCUCAUGGAGUCAAAGACGAAGCUGGAGGAGGAGCUCAAGGGUCAGAAGAGUCGCGUACGCAAGCUCGAAGACCUACUCCAUCGCCAAAGCCACGUCAAACGCCUUUCCAUCGGCAGUGGGUUCCAGCCGCAAGCUGUCUCGAGCCCUGAGCCAUUGACGCCCGAGCCUGCCAGGGAUGUAAUCUCACCACAACCGCAGAAUGAUCAGUCGCGUCGCUCUUCACUUUCAUCCCGUCGCUUCUCAUCAAACCAAGCGACAGACGAGAGGGCACUGACGCAGCGAAUUCUUGGUCUUGAAGCGGAGCUGGCAGCAGAACGGGAGCACCGUGCCGGCAUGGAAAAGGCUACCUUUUCUAGAUUAGAAACUGGGGCGGACAUCCAACGUCAAAUCGAGGAAGCUAACUCUACGAAGAGAGAUCUGAUGGAAAACAUGGAAGCCCAGCAGAAGGAGUUUUCGGAUGAGAGGCGGUCGCUUGAAGAAGAACUUACAAAAUGUAGGAUCAGGAUCGAGGAGGUAGAGGAUGAGCUUGACAGGAUCCUCGGCAGCCGCCACAAUGAGAGGACCGAGAAUGACACGAAGACGAGGGCUCUUGCUGCCGAGCUCGACGAAACUCGCAGGGACUCUACCAACGAAAUGCAUCAAGCACAGAGUCGUAUUGAGGAGCUUGAGAAUACUCUCAAUAAGCGUAGAAAGGCAGAUACUGAACACAUACGCGCACUGCGUGUCAUUCGCUCGCAUCUAACAUCAGAAGAUCCGUCCUCAGAGGACCAAGCAGAUCUGGCAUCCGAUUUGGAGGCUCUCAUACAACGCUCAUUGAACCAGGUAAAGAAUCUGCAAGAAGCUCUCGCCGACGCCAGGUCGGAGAACGAACAGCUAUUCCAUAAGCUUGAGGAGCAACAAGCUGGAAUGGCCAAGGCACAAGAAGAGGCGGCUACAGAGCACGCCAAAGUAGGUUCGUUGACGGCCGAACUCGAAGAGGAGCGAGGCCAUUUACAGCAGCUGCGGACCAAGUUCGCUGAAGGCGAGACUGGCUCAGAAGCACUACGCCAGCGAGUCACUGAAGAAGAAAAGAGAGUGGGAAGAUUGUCGACGGAGCUUGCUGCCGCUAAAUCUCACAACAAUCAUCUUGACCUUGAGCUGCUGUCCCUCCAGAAGAAGUACUCGGUUCUCAAAGCCGACGCCAGCGCCAGCGGUGCACAUAUGUGGCAACGCCAAUUGCGAGCCAAGGAGUUGACCCAGAGGCUAUACGCCCAAAAUGAGAGGCUGAUCCGUCUUUUAGAAGACCUAGGGUUGAUGGUCACCCAGCAGGAGGAUACGUUCCUUAUCCAAAGGGCCCCAAAAUCUGGAGCAAGCACCAUACUGGCUGAAUCGUCGCUACCGAUGAGCCGCAGCGCGUCGACUCCAUCGCCUGCGAGAAAGUCCUUCGAUGGCGCCAUGGAUCUGCCAUUGCUCGACUGGAUGCACGAGGAGGACCCAGAGGCGGAGGCGGCGAGAUACGCUGAGUACCUCAAAGCUAUAAACCGCUUGAACCUCGACGUCGUAAGUGAAGUGGUCAAGAAGCGAUGCAAGGAUAUGGAGCACACUGCCCGCAAAUGGCAAAAAGAAGCCCGAGCUUACCGCGACAAGUCUCAUCGCGCACAAAGUGAGGCGCAUGAGAAGAUUGCUUUCCGUUCGUUUAAGGAAGGCGAUCUAGCCCUGUUCCUGCCCACCCGAAAUCAAGCUACUAGGCCCUGGGCAGCGUUUAAUGUCGGCGCACCCCAUUACUUCCUCCGCGAGCACGAGUCACACAGAUUGCACAACAAGGAAUGGCUAGUCGCCCGCAUCUCCAAAGUUGAGGAGCGCAUCGUCGACCUCUCAAAGACUAUGGACAGCGCUCGCUCCAUCGCCGAGACCAGCGACGGCGGCGCAUCUUUCGAAGACGACAAUCCGUUCGAACUAUCCGACGGCCUGCGCUGGUACCUCCUUGACGCCGCGGAAGAAAAAGGCGGCGCGCCUACGACCCCAGGUCUCGGCAAAAGCUCAAUCGCCAGCGUGACCCGCGUAGACGCCAGAGGCAAAAUCGGGCCUGAGGAGAAAGCGAAGAGCAAAUUGCCAGAUGCUAGUAAGACCCUCAACAAAAGCCUCGAGAGCAGACGCAGCAGCGGGAACUCUAAGAAGAGCGCAAGUCUGCGCUCACCGUCCAUCACCAAGGCAGACUCUUCGGAAGCGCUACUCGCGGACGCACUAGAGGCAUCUAAGCUACCUCCUGCGAAUGCUGGGCCCAGCCGACUGCGUGAGGAGAGCCAUAUGCCUGCCAUGGGCUUAGGCGUUGACACGGAGAACAACCCGAACGAUGAGAAAGCACGCGCCGGAGUGCCGCAUACAAGAUCAAACGCCGCCUCGCCUACGAAGUCCGUAGAUGCUUCUCCGUUCAAAUUUGCUGCGGCUUCGCUUUCCAGGACCGCCGCUGAAGGGCCCGUUUCUCCAUCGAGACAGCCGGCGAAGGCGAGGGCUGGGGCGUGGGAUAGCCUUUGGCAGUUGGACAUCAACUACGAAGCUGGGAAGGCGAAGAAGUAG